GAUUCCUUCUUUGGCCUCGUCGGCUCCUCGGUCCUCGUCCGGCUAUUGUUGUGUGUCUUUCAGGGCAACCCCGACCUAUCAGCAGGCGGUGAUUUGUGGAUAUUUUAACUGUUUUGCUUAGCUCUCUCCCCGCCAUAUUAAGCAGCCUUUGUCAGCUGGCGGCGCGUCCUUAUUUGAAAGGAAUAUUAAGGAUCCCAGCGGAGGACUUUGGGCUGGUGAAAUAGUUAAUCGGUAUGGGACAGACGGAAGACUGAGAUUCCACGUUAGAGAGAGAGCGAGAGCGAGAGAGAGAGAGAGAGAGAGAGAGACUGCUUGUGUCGACUGUUUUCCACUUCUUUGGGAUUGUCGACGUGAAAUUUAAAAAAACGUGGGGGAAAGAGAUCACAGGACGCAUGUAGCCAAAGUACAACACUGCUGAGGUCGCUUUUAAGGCUUGACGAUGGGUUGUGUCAGGAGUAAAGAGGACAAGGGCCCGGCGCUGAAGUACCGACCCGACAACUCAAAUGCCACGCCAGUUAAUGCCCACCUGGGCCACUACGGGCCCGACCCCACCCUGAUGGGUCAUUCGCCAGCUAUGAAGCCACACAACAACAGCUACAACAGCCACGCUGCCGGCCUCACGCCCUUCGGCGGGGCGUCCUCGGCCAUGACGCCCUUUGGCGGCGCCUCCACCUCCUUCACCUCAGUGGCUGUGAGCAGCCCCUUCCCUGGCGUCAUCACAGGCGGUGUAACGUUUUUCGUAGCGCUGUACGACUAUGAAGCGAGGACGUCGGACGAUCUGUCGUUCAAAAAAGGGGAUCGCUUCCAGAUUAUCAACAACACGGAAGGCGACUGGUGGGAGGCUCGCUCCAUCAACACCGGACAGAAAGGUUACAUCCCCAGUAACUACGUGGCUCCAGCCGACUCCAUACAGGCUGAAGAAUGGUACUUUGGUAAAAUGGGCCGCAAAGACGCUGAGCGUUUGUUAUUGCUUCCAGGGAACCAGCGGGGCACUUUCUUGGCGCGAGAGAGUGAAACGACCAAAGGUGCCUACUCUCUUUCUAUCCGCGACUGGGAUGAGGUGAAGGGAGACAACGUCAAACACUACAAGAUCCGAAAGCUGGACAGCGGUGGUUAUUACAUCACCACUCGUGCUCAGUUUGAGACGCUACAGAAGCUGGUGAAACACUACACAGAACAUGCGGACGGUCUGUGCUACAGGCUGACGACUGUGUGCCCUACAGUGAAGCCUCAGACUCAGGGACUAGCUAAAGACGCCUGGGAAAUCCCACGAGAGUCCCUCCGACUGGAGGUCAAACUGGGCCAGGGCUGCUUCGGGGAAGUCUGGAUGGGCACAUGGAAUGGCACAACUAAGGUGGCGAUCAAGACCUUAAAGCCAGGCACCAUGUCUCCAGAGGCCUUCCUGCAGGAGGCUCAGAUCAUGAAGAAGCUUCGACAUGACAAACUGGUGCCUCUGUACGCGGUGGUGUCCGAAGAGCCCAUCUACAUCGUUACUGAGUUCAUGGGCAAAGGUAGUUUACUCGACUUCCUGAAGGAGGGAGAUGGUAAAUAUCUGAAGCUGCCCCAGCUGGUGGACAUGGCUUCUCAGAUCGCGGACGGCAUGGCCUUCAUCGAGAGGAUGAACUACAUCCACAGGGACCUGAGAGCCGCCAACAUUCUGGUGGCUGAUAACCUGGUGUGUAAGAUCGCCGACUUUGGCCUGGCUCGGCUCAUCGAGGACAACGAGUACACCGCCAGACAAGGUGCUAAAUUCCCCAUUAAGUGGACAGCCCCUGAGGCUGCUCUUUACGGCCGCUUCACUAUCAAAUCAGAUGUCUGGUCAUUUGGUAUACUACUGACAGAGCUGGUGACCAAGGGCAGAGUACCAUAUCCCGGUAUGGUGAAUCGAGAAGUGCUUGAGCAGGUGGAGAGAGGGUACCGCAUGCCCUGCCCCCAGGGCUGCCCCGAGUCUCUUCACGAGAUGAUGAGGCAGUGCUGGAAGAAGGAGCCGGACGAGAGGCCCACAUUCGAGUAUAUCCAGUCGUUUUUGGAAGACUACUUCACAGCCACAGAGCCACAGUACCAGCCAGGGGACAACCUCUAGUCUGGGGGAUUUGUGUGUGGAGUUGGGGUGGGGGGGACUCUGGCGCUACAGAGAGGUACAUCAGCGGAGAUCAAAACUUGGGACAACGGAGAAGUUCAGUAAGGCUGCAAACGCUUUGCUGAAGCCGCAGGGAAAGAGGUUUUUUACAAACUAGUCCACAACCACACUGGCGAGACAAAAUGUUUUCUGAAGUAUGGGUUUGUCCCUUGCGUACCUGGGGACCAAAUAUUUGGGGGAGAGUGUCCAAGUGUGCAGAUUGGUGCUGGUACGUUGAGCUCUGGGAACCCUGCUAAUCAAAGUAAUCCACUGGCCACAACACUGUGAUCAAAAUGAGAGUGAUUUUCUCCUAAUUUCAAAUUUACUUACAGAUGCACAGUUUUUUAAAAACUUUUUUAGAAUGGUAAUUUCCCCUCCAUCUGCUCCAAUCCUCCCACUUUAUUUUAUUUUACGAACACAAUUCUUUGAUAUUGGAGUCAAGAUCUUUUAUAUGUACAUGAGUUUGGUUUGAAUAUGUAGGCUGGAGAGUGUGUGUGUGUUUUUUUUAAGUGACCAACAACUGUGGUUGAAUUGUGACGUAUGUGCUGUGACUGUAAAGCUUUGACAGCGAAGGAGCGAGGGAAGUAAACGGAAAAAAAACUGCGUGGAUGUGAGAAUGUACUGAGAGAUCAAACAUACAGUAUGUACAAAAAAAUGUAUUUUUAGCAGGUGUGAUCAGGUGGACGAAUGAGAAUAUGAAAGUGAUUUGCAUGAUUCUUUUUAACACAGUCACUUGAAUGGCAAAUCACAUCAGUUUAUUAUGCUUCUACAUUUUUUUUUUUUCAUUUAAAUGGGGACUUGAAAUCAUAAAGAGGUAUUUUGAUAUUUUACAGGUGCGAGAACAGUUUUCCUGUUUAACAUUUUCUAAAUGUUUUCAAAUGGACACUUCAGCUGUGAAAUUAAAGUAAGAUUCAGUUCAUUUGACUCUAACAUACAGUAGUUCUCCUUACAUUGCACACAGUUUAACAUUGCAGUAUGUGAGUCAUCCCACGACUGAUGGCACAGGGAACUGUUAGACCUAUUAAAUUCACAUCAUCAUGUAAAUCACACAUGAAGUUUUAGUAUUUCUCUCACUUCUUCUCAGUAAAAAUCCCACCAACCUUUGACUAAACACUAUUCCACAACUGCGUCUGCUGGAGGGAAAAGUUAUAUCCAAAGCCAACUACGCAAAACAAAUCUCUUCAUUGAUAAAUGCAACUAUGCAAAACCAUCCAGCGAUGUUUACCAGAACAUCUCGAAUGGUUUUUGCCCGCACGGAGCUCCCUUUCUAAUUUCAGUUCUCAGCGGCGGAGGUGAUGGAUCACCUCUGGGUUGGAGUAACUAGGAGCAGACAAAAUAAACACCUUGCACACACUGUGGUCCAGAUGGGGCUUUAGUGCUUUUAUAGAGAUUGAAAAUAUAAAAGUCCAAUAACAAGUUUUUGUAGAGGUACUUCCACUGUCUGUCCAUCUGUGUGUGAUGAGAGAUUUUAGAGGAUGUAAUUCAGCAAGAAAGCUUAAGGACUGGACAAAGAUGUGAACUUUUUUUUGUAUUUCUCUUCUGUGUGUCACUCACAAGAACCUAAUGUGUGAUUGUUCCUAAAGACAGGGACUUGAACUAGUGGGGAGAUAAUGAAAUUACUGAGAAUGGUAACUAAUAUGAUUUUGUACAGAAAAAAAUAAAAGUUUUACUCAAGGGUU